UCACGACGGUUAUUGAAACGGCUGAUGAUUUAUAUCAUGACAUUUGUUUCAUUGGUUAGUCUUCUUGAUUGAAAUAAAAAUUAGCGAUGCACGAAAUGAUGCUGAGAGAUGACAAAAGCCGUCUAAAACGCAAGUCCCCUCUCAUAAAAUUGGUGUAAUCAUCAAAAACGCGUAACGUCAUAUUGUUUAAAAAAAGACCCGUAUAAGUACCUUUGCGACUGAAAAAUCCCUAAAAGCGAUAAAAGAGACUACGUAACGUAAAAGUAUGAUAUAAAUUGUCUGAAAAACAGCUUAGUAUUUGAUUAAAAUUUGUCCGAAAAUGUCGACCAGUUCGAACUUCAUGUUGCAGUUCAAUGACUCACGCACAAUCAGUUUGAUGGAUUUCCUGAAGAUCUGGAAGCACUACGACAUUGAUAAGUCCGGUUAUCUGGAAACAACGAACAGUUUCGGAGACAAAAGCGAGUUUGAGAAGUUCCUGGGAGACCUGCUGGAGAUCAUGCUCAAUGAGAAGCCUGAGGAUGAAGAAGUCAAGAGAAUCUCGAAGUCUUUCAUCAAGACUUAUGACGUCAACAAAGACAAUCGCCUGCAGAUUUCUGAGUUGAUAGAGGCACUCCCGGUGGAGAGGAAUUUCCUGCAGCAGUUCCUGGGCAGUGAGAUCACGCACAUGGACGUGGACAUCAUCUUCGACCACUACGACAAGGACGAGUCUGGACAGAUCCAGCACGAGGAGGUCGCCAUGCUAGUCAGAGACAUAUACUACAAGAAAGUGGACUCUGUGAAAGACAAGGAGGAGUUGGACAAAUUCAUUGCCAAGAGACAACAGGAUGUGAUCUCAAUGGUCGACAAGGACGGAGACGGAAUGAUAGACAAAAACGAGAUCAGACGAGUGUUCAAGAUGCUGUUUAAGCUCAAAUAAAAAAGCUGUCAGCUUUCUGGAUAUAACAUGAAGCUAAAUCUAAAACACUAAAUCGACCCAAUGAUUUGAUAAUUAUAUCGUCAUAUAAUCUCAUUUGAAAUGCACAUUCAUAAAAUAUCAUCAGUUUCGUUGCUACGAUGAGCCAUUAGAUGAGAAAAAGUCAUUUCAAAAUUAGUCACGUCAAAAGACUGGAAAUCAGACAUGA